CAUCCUGCUAACGUUCCUCCGAUCUCCGCGUCGGCCGUGAAUCUCUCCCUCAAAAACCAACCCUUACUUCGAUUGUUGGACCUCAAUUCGUCUCAUUCACGGGGAAAAGGCGCCAAUCAUGGAUUUCCUGUCGAAAUAUACGACUUGCCUGUCUAACGUGGAGCUUAACCUUGCUCCCGGAUGGCAGGCUGUCAGCGCGUAUUUCCUUCUUGCAGCAGGAAGCUUGUUUGUCGCCUCUAGGGCUUUGACCUUUGUCAGAGUUCUUGCCAGCCUGUUUGUUCUUCCUGGAAAAUCGCUUCGCUCUUUCGGCCCCAAGGGUAGCUGGGCCGUUGUCACAGGUGCCUCCGAUGGAUUGGGCAAGGAGUUCUCGCUUCAACUUGCUCGUGCUGGCUUCAAUAUCGUCCUCGUCUCCCGUACUGCCUCGAAGCUGACUGCGUUGUCCGAGGAGAUCACCUCCAAGUACGCCUCCGUUCAGACCAAAACCCUGGCCAUGGACUUUGCUCGCAACGAAGAUAGCGACUAUGACAAGCUGAAGACCCUAGUGGAUGAGCUGGACGUAGCCAUUCUAGUAAACAAUGUUGGAAAGAGCCAUGACAUCCCCACGCCGUUUGCAUUGACUUCUCAGGAGGAGAUGACGGACAUCAUAACCAUCAACUGUAUGGGAACCUUGCGUGCUACUCAGUUGAUCGUGCCGGGCAUGAUGCAGCGCAAGCGUGGUUUGAUCUUGACAAUGGGAUCCUUUGGUGGCCUUCUCCCUACCCCUCUUCUUGCCACUUACUCUGGUAGCAAGGCCUUCCUGCAGCAGUGGUCGACGGCUCUCGGCUCGGAACUUGAGCAGCACGGUAUCACUGUUGAGCUCGUACAGGCAUAUCUCAUCACUUCUGCUAUGUCAAAGAUUCGCCGGGCCAGUGCUACGAUCCCCGAUCCCCGGUCGUUUGUCAAGUCGGUGUUGUCCAAGAUUGGACGCAAUGGCGGAUCUCCAUUCUAUGCUUACAGCUCGUCGCCCUACUGGAGCCAUGGAUUGAUGGCCUACUUCUUGACCUGCAUCGCCGGAACCAUGGGGAAGUUCGUUACUGCCCAGAAUCGGGGAAUGCACGAGUCCAUUCGGAAGCGAGCUCUGCGCAAGGCCGAGCGCGAAAAGGCGAAGAAGAGCACUUAAGCAAAGGUAUCUGCCGUGCUUGAACUUUGUUGCUGCAGAGACUCGCAGUAUAUCGUGUGAUUGAUACGGCAGGGAGGGCAGCAUGAUGACAUGAAUUUCAGUGUUUAUUUGGUUAAUCCGUUGUUUGAACAAGAUUGGGCGCUGUAUGAUCUUGGGUGAAGACACUGCAAAAAAAGGCAUCGUUUUAUUACGCUAGUAGAAGUUUAAUCGACGUCAGAAAGACAAUCUAUUUCAUUGGAGGUGAUUAUUAUUGAUAGUGUUCAUGAUU